AUGUCUUCCACACAAGGAGUAUCACAACAGCCACGAGCUCAACAACAAAAUAUUGAGCCAGAACCACGUGUUUUUUGUGGAUUACCAGUUGGAGUGAGUUUUAUCGAAAUCUCCGUUAUUUCUCAAUAUUUUCGAAAUUUUGCAGGGCGCUGUUGGAAUUUUGGGUUCAAUUUUAAUGAUUUGUCAAAUAUUCGGACUUUUCUAUCUUUCCCCAUUUAUGCUAUAUUUUUUCGAAAUUUCAAUAGGAUCUGCAAUGAUGUUUAUUUUAUCAUCUGGUGCGAAACAUCGAAAAAUUGCAUAUGUCACAGCCUAUAUGUUAUACAUUGUAAGUUUUUCUUUUAAAUUUUUAGUCCAAAAAUCUAACUUUAUGAAUUUCAGUCAAUGUACACAUUUUGGGUGUUUUUCCUUAUUCUUGGCGCAAUUCUAGCAACAGUUUGGUUGGUUGAUAAUAACGAUAAUAUUUGUGACAACAUUUCUACGACAACAAUAACGCCAAAAAAACUAUGUAGUACAGAAAAAUUCACAACAGCUGAUGUUGAAAUGGUUAUUAUUUCAUGUUUCUUUUUAACAUUAAGUAUUAUUGUGGCAAUUGUUCAAAUGAGAUAUUUGAUGAUUUUAUACAACUUCUUAAGAAAAUCAAGAUAUUUGUAAGUUAAAUAUCAAAAGAGAUAUUUAAAAAUCUUGUUUUAUAAAUUUAGACCAACUCAUCAUCUCAAUAAUGAAGGAUUCAAUGUUCAAUAUGUUGUACCUACACCAAUAAGUCCAAAUGGUUUGCCACCUCCACCAAGAUAUACUCAAUUUGCUCCACCAAUCACAGAACAAAAUAUUAAACCAGAAAAUAUUACCGCAACACCAAUUUUAGAUUUGGUAAGUAUUAAAAAUGUAAAUGUAUACCACAUAAUAUGUAAAUUAUAUAAUGUUUUGAUUUUUAGCCUGGAAUGAAUAGUGGAAAUGUCAACCUAGGAUUUGGAAAUGAUGAAGAACCACGUCCACGACUUGAUUCAAGACCUCCAGCUUACAGUGAAGUUGUUGAACCACAAAAUAUUACCGAAAAUUCACAACCUACAGAAUCUAAUCAAUAG